AUGUCCUAUGGAAGCAAGCUCGACGACGAUGCCGACAACCCUACAGACAUGGAUGAGGGUCUUCUUGAUGACGACCUGCUCGACUUAGGUCUCUUAGCUACUCUAUGUCUCUCGCAUUCUUUGAACCACGAUAUCGAGGUCUAUGACAGUCUUAACAACGAUAUUACCUACCUCUUAUCUCUCUCUUUACAAGGUAUUAGUGCACCGGCCUAUAACGACUAG